AUGACCAUAGAUGAGUGCACUGAGAGUACAAAGGAGUGUGUUGGAUCUGUGUCGGCGAUAAUUUUGGAGAUCAAGUCGGCAGCUAAUUGGUGGUAUUCUUCGUGUAAAAAUUAUAACAGGAAGGCCGAGCCCAUCUCAAAGAAGUAUUGUUGCGAAAGGUGUGACGACUUUGUUCUUGCUAUACCAAGAGUUCAGGUUACUGUCAUUGAUAGUACUGGAUCGACGUCUUUUGUACUGUUUGUUCGUAUUGUCGCACAAUGGAUAGGAAAAAGUGCUUCAAAGCUUGUGGAUGCAUCUUACAAGGAAAACCAUAGUAUUGGUUACGUUCAGAGUUCAGGACAAAGUGCUUCAAAGCUCCUGGAUGCAUCUUACAAGGAAAAUCAUAGUAUUGGUCACCCUUCUGAAAUCAAUCGUAUGAUUGGGAAAGAAUCAUGUUACGAAGAAGAUGAGACAAUAUCCGCAGAAAAUAAUUCUCAAGAAGUUGAUGAUAAUAUAAAGUCACCCAAGAAAAGAGUAUUUGUUGAUGUUGAUACCAGUAGUUUGCCUGAUGAUGUGGCUACAAAGGCGUCGAGCAAUAAACCAUUGAAGAAGGUCAAAGUUGAAAAGGAUUGA